AUGGGUGUCCCUGCUCUCUUCCGAUGGCUUUCCAACAAGUAUCCGAAGAUCGUAUCUUCGGUGAUUGAGGAGCUGCCGCAGGAAGUGAACGGUGAAGAAAUCCCAGUUGACACUACAGGCCCGAACCCAAAUGGCGAGGAGAUGGACAACCUCUACCUGGAUAUGAAUGGUAUUGUGCAUCCCUGUACACAUCCAGAGGGACGGCCUCCUCCUGCCAAUGAGCAGGAGAUGAUGCUGGAGAUCUUCAAAUACACGGAUCGUGUUGUCAACAUGGUCCGACCAAGGAAAUUACUUAUGAUUGCUAUCGAUGGCGUUGCGCCUCGAGCCAAGAUGAACCAGCAACGUGCUCGCCGAUUCCGCUCCGCCCAGGAAGCCCGAGAAAAUGACGAGAAAAAGGAAGAGCUGCAGAAACUACUGGAUCGGCAACAAAGCAAGAAGUCAGGGGAUGCCGUCAUUCGUGAAGAAGUCAUUCAAAAGACAUGGGACUCAAACGUGAUUACUCCUGGAACGCCAUUCAUGGACAUCCUUGCGGCAUCACUGCGUUACUGGAUUGCCUACAAACUCAACACAGAUCCGGCAUGGAAGACGAUGAAGAUCAUCAUUUCCGACGCUACCGUGCCUGGAGAGGGUGAGCACAAGAUCAUGGAAUUCGUCCGUUCGCAGCGCGCAUCGCCAGAGCACGAUCCCAAUACCCGUCACGUCAUCUAUGGUCUAGACGCGGAUCUUAUCAUGUUGGGACUCGCUACCCAUGAGCCCCAUUUCCGCGUUCUCCGAGAGGAUGUCUUCUUCCAGGAAUCCAAACCGCGCACGUGCAGGCUUUGCGGCCAGACAGGCCACAAGGCAGAGGAGUGUACGGGUAAGGCGAAGGAGAAGAGCGGAGAGUUCGAUGAGAAGCAACAUGCUUCACCGUUGAAGCCGUUCAUCUGGCUCCACGUCUCUGUUCUGAGAGAGUACCUUGCUGUUGAAAUGCAGGUUGCUCAACAACCGUUUCCCUUUGAUCUGGAACGUGCUCUCGACGAUUGGGUCUUCAUGUGUUUCUUCGUCGGAAACGAUUUCUUGCCUCACUUGCCUUCUUUGGAUAUUCGCGAGAACGGUAUCGAUACUUUGAUUGCUAUCUGGCGCGACAAUAUCCCAAGUAUGGGAGGAUACUUGACACAAGACGGCCACGUUGACCUCAAGCGUGCCCAGCUGAUUUUGCAAGGUCUGGCUAAGCAAGAAGACGCCAUCUUCCGUCGCCGUCGACAAGCGGAGGAGAGAAAAGCGGCCAACGAGAAACGGCGCAAAGAGCAAGACCAGGCUCGCAACGAAGAACGGGCCCAAAAACGACGACGCAGCUCGCCAGUCUAUGAUGCAAAGCAGAACCGCUCCAAAGCCGAGCCGGAUCCUGACCCAACGGCUGGAUUGGACCUGAUUACCCCGUCACGUGCCCAUCUGACCAAGGAGGAUAAGGAAUUGACUCACAGCAUGAUUGUCAACCGUGGAGCUGUCUACCGUGCAAAUAUGGAGAACAAGAGCGCUGCCGCCGUUCUCAAGAGCAGGCUCAUGAAGAGUACACCAAAUGAGCCAGCGGCGGAAGUCAGUUCUGAACCCGCAGAGAACGAACAGGAAGCCUCGGAGCCAACGUCCCCCUCUGUCCUUGGCAAGAGAAAGGCUGAUGAAUCUUCAGAGGCAACUGAGCAGGAGACUGAGGACGCCGGUACACCGGGCAGAGACUCGCCUCCUGUGCCUCCUCCGAAACCAAAAGAUGACGAGAUGCCCCCAGACACCGUCAAGCUGUGGGAGCCGGGUUAUGCGGAUCGAUACUAUGAGCAAAAAUUCGGCGUUGAUCCCCAGGAUCAUGAAUUCCGUCAUAAGGUUGCUCGAGCUUACGCUGAAGGUCUUGCCUGGGUUCUGCUCUACUACUUCCAGGGCUGCCCUUCAUGGGAUUGGUACUACCCUUACCACUAUGCCCCCUUUGCGGCCGAUUUUGUCGACAUCGCCGAUAUGGUGAUUGAGUUUGACAAAGGCAAACCCUUCCGGCCGUACGAGCAAUUGAUGGGAGUCUUACCCGCGUCAUCCAACCACGCUUUACCAGAGGUUUUCCACGAUCUGAUGAGCAAUCCCGAAAGCGAAAUCAUCGACUUCUACCCUGAAGACUUUGCGCUCGAUCUGAACGGCAAGAAAUUCGCAUGGCAAGGCGUGAUUCUUCUUCCUUUCAUUGAUGAGAAGCGCCUUCUAGCUGCGAUGGAGAAAAAAUAUCCGCUCUUGACCGAUGAAGAACGAAGCCGGAAUACCCAUGGCCAAGAAGUUUUACUACUCUCCGAGCAGCACCCUCUUUACCAAGAUCUCAUCGGCAAUUUUUAUUCCAAGAAACCCGGGCCACCUCAAUACAAGCUCAAUAUGCGUGUCAGUGAUGGUCUGGCGGGUCUGGUUGAACGCAACGAGACUUACAUCCCCCACGGUUCUCUCGUUUCUCCGUUGCAAGAGUACGGUAUGCCAAGUCUUGACGACGACCAUUCCCUCACUGUCAACUACAAAAUUCCGAAAUCAUCUCAUGUCCACAAAUCUAUGCUGCUUCGCGGUGUCAAGUUUGCCACGCCGAUGCUCAAUUCCGCUGAUGUCCGUGCCGUCAAGGGCCGCGCCCAAAAUUCGGGUCGCUCCUACGGUGGCGCACCAUUCAACGGACGUGGUCGUGGCGGUCAAAUGAAUUAUUCGUCGGAUCGGCCGAAUCCAUUUGCCGCGCACCUUGAUCCACGCUUCGUGAAUGCACCCCCUGGUGGCAUGCCACCCAUGCCUUCUGGUUGGGUUCCUCCCGCUCCUGGAGCGGAUUAUUCCAGGGGCCCACCUGGUCCUCCUCGUGGCGGAAUGUCCCAUCAGCACCCCUCGCAUCAUGGCUCUGGCCAAUACUCUGGCCAACAGGGCUAUUAUGCAGGCAACCAGGGCUAUCAGGGAUACCAGGGCCAGCAACGACACCAGGGCUAUCAGGCACAGCAGGGAUCGUACGGUGGUCAACAAGAUCGGGGCUAUGGUGGAGGAAGCAACGGAGGAGCAGGAUAUCGCGGUGGUAGAGGUCGAGGUCAAUCCCGGGAUCAGUACAGUGGUUAUCGCGGCGGUGGUGGGCGUGGGGGAGGUUAUGGGCGGUAUUGA